GUGAUACAAGAAAAUUCUCAAGUAAACAGAAAAAAAUAAUCUAUCAAACAAACGGUCCAAAUUAAAGAACAAUAAUGCUUGAACCAGAAAGAAAAAGGAAACGAGUUGUUUUAACACUUGAAGAAAAGCUUGAAGUCGUCAACUAUCGAGAUCAAGGACUUUCUGUUGAAAGUAUAGCUGAAAAGUUCAAUAUAGGAAUAUCAACAGUUUCAGAAAUAGUUAAAAGAAGAGAUCUUAUAGAACAAGCAGUGAACAAUCGAAUAGGAGCAACAAGUAAAAGAAAAACAAUGAGAGCACCAAAAAAACAUGAUGUUGAAACUGAACUGUAUAAUUGGUACUUAAAACAAAAACAGACACAUCAGCCUAUACAAACUCAAGACUUAUUUGAAGAAGCUACUCGAAUAAACUCUCGACUUUAUGAUGAAGAUGAUUGGCUGCCUACAAAUGGUUGGUUGUCCAGGUUUAAAGAAAGAUACGGAAUAGGAAAAAUUUCCUUGAAAUCUGAUAAACCUGAGAAGAAAAGAUGGGACGAUGCAUUGGAUGCUGCGGAAUAUCUUCUCGAUUAUAUGAAUACAAGAGAUUUCGUUUUAAAAGAUAUAAUCACUGUGAGAAUGAUCCGUGAUAGAAUUGCAAAUCGAGAUGAUAGAGAAAUAGAAGAGUUUUAAUUGUAAAUACUUUUAUUAAGUACUAUUUGGUGAAUAAAUUUUUUAAUUAAAUUUCUUGAAAAGUA